CUUGCAAGUACAUUCAUACAUAAAUCCCAAUCGAACAUUAAGUGUGUGCAACUGUGAAAGAACUGCAACAGCAAGAUUCAAAUAAGAAUUGGGAGGAGGAGUCGAAGGAAAAGUGACGACACCGCCAACAACACCACCAACUUUAAGGCACGUCUAAAAACCGCACAUAAACGCGCAAGAAAACGUAUUUAAAAGCUCAAAAAAACGGUGAAAAGAAGGCACACAAAGCCGGCGUGUGAGUGUCGUGUGUGUGUGUGGUGUGUUGUGUGUGCGUGUGUGUGUGUGUGAGUGUCUGUCUGAGUGCAGAAAAAGAGCGCAUCAUGCAAAGCUAUGCGGAUGCAUUAAGUGCCAAGGGCUAUCGCAGCUUUGGCUUUGACACUGAUGUUGAAAUGGAUAUGGACCCGGGCAUGGGUCUGGGCAUUCGACGAAUAGAGAAGCGCAAAGGAGGCGAUAUGACAGAUUCACCGGACGCUAAUAAGACCGAGGGUGAUAACGAGUUAACCAAUGAAAUUUCAGCACCGUAUGAAGUACCUCAGUUUCCCAUUGAACAGAUUGAAAAGAAAUUACAAAUACAACGGCAACUCAAUGUUAAGCAAUCGAUCUGCCAGAAACCAGCGCCGCCCACGCCUGCCAGUCCGCGGGCAAGCAGCUCGGACUCAGAUGGUGGGGCGCCGACCACUUCGACCCGGCUCACCGAUGCGGACAUCAAUUUUCAGCGUGUGUCCGUCUCUGGGGAGGAUACCAGCGGUGUGCCACUCGAGGAUCUGGAGCGCGCUUCCACGCUGCUCAUCGAGGCGCUAAAGUUGCGCUCCCAUUACAUGGAAAUCUCUGAUCAAUCGUUCCCAACGACCACAGCCCGUUUCCUCAAAACGGUUCGGCUUAAGGAUCGUUACGAUAAUCUGCCAGUGAGAACGGUAUCUGAAAUAAUUCGCAAACAGAGUAUGGUCAGCUUUACAGACAUGCAUCCAACAUCGUCGCUUAAAGCGCCCCAUGCCUGGGAUGUGGAAUUUGUACCUGACGAGUCUUACAUAAUAAAGCCAGUGAAUGGUGUAUUUCACAUCUACAAAGAUGAAGCAUUAACUAGUGAGCUGAACUUUACCUACCCGGACAUGAGUCAGUUCGUGAAUGACAUGCAGGUCAUGUGCAAUAUGAUUGCCGAUGGACCACUGAAAUCGUUUUGUUAUCGUCGCCUUUGCUAUUUGUCCUCCAAGUACCAGAUGCAUGUGCUGCUCAACGAGCUGCGUGAGCUGGCCGCCCAGAAAGCGGUGCCGCAUCGUGACUUUUACAACACUAGAAAGGUGGACACUCACAUACAUGCAGCGUCGUGCAUGAACCAGAAGCAUUUGCUGCGCUUCAUCAAGAAGACGCUGAAGAACAAUGCCAGCGAGGUGGUCACCCACACAAACGGACAACCAAUGACGUUGGCCCAGGUGUUCCAAUCGAUGAACCUGACCACAUACGAUCUGACCGUUGAUAUGCUCGAUGUGCACGCCGAUCGGAAUACGUUCCAUCGUUUCGAUAAAUUCAAUUCCAAAUAUAAUCCCAUUGGCGAGUCGCGUCUCCGGGAGGUCUUCCUCAAGACGGAUAACUAUUUGAAUGGCAAAUAUUUUGCACAAAUCAUCAAGGAAGUGGCCUUUGAUCUGGAAGAAUCGAAAUAUCAGAAUGCAGAACUGCGCCUCUCCAUCUAUGGCAAGUCGCCGGAUGAGUGGAACAAGCUGGCCAAGUGGGCUAUCGACAAUAAUGUGUACAGCUCGAAUAUACGCUGGUUAAUACAGAUACCGCGACUCUUCGAUAUAUUCAAGUCCAACAAGAUGAUGACUUCAUUCCAGCAAAUAAUCGAUAAUAUCUUUCUACCACUAUUCGAGGCGACCAAUAAGCCCAGCGAGAAUCCCAAUUUGCAUCGCUUCUUGACGUAUGUGAUUGGUUUCGAUUCCGUUGACGAUGAGUCCAAGCCGGAGAAUCCACUCUUUGACAACGAUGUGCCACGGCCCGAGGAAUGGACAUAUGAGGAGAAUCCGCCAUAUGCCUACUAUAUAUACUAUAUGUAUGCCAACAUGACGGUGCUCAAUAAGUUCAGACAAAUGCGUGGCCUGAACACUUUCGUGCUGCGUCCCCAUUGCGGUGAAGCUGGACCCGUCCAGCAUCUGGUCUGCGGCUACCUGAUGGCCGAGAACAUCUCGCACGGUCUGCUGCUGCGCAAGGUGCCCGUACUGCAGUAUCUGUACUAUCUGACCCAGAUUGGCAUCGCGAUGUCACCGCUGUCAAAUAACUCGCUGUUUCUCAACUACCAUCGGAAUCCGUUGCCCGAAUAUUUAGCCCGUGGAUUGAUCAUCUCGCUAUCCACCGAUGAUCCGUUGCAGUUUCAUUUUACAAAGGAACCCCUUAUGGAGGAGUACAGCAUUGCGGCCCAGGUAUGGAAGCUCAGCUCCUGCGAUAUGUGUGAGCUGGCGCGGAAUAGCGUCAUUAUGAGCGGAUUCUCACAUAACAUCAAACAACAAUGGCUGGGUCCCAACUACUUUGAAGAUGGCAUCAGUGGCAACGACAUAACCCGCACCAAUGUGCCCGAAAUACGUGUGGCCUAUCGCUAUGAGACCUUACUGGAUGAGCUCUCCAAUAUAUUCAACGUGAAUCAAAAGUGUCACGUCAAAGAAAACGAGUAACGUGGCACGUGGUACGUGGCACGAGGCACGCGUAACAAGGGGCUGCUGAUUUAUACUACACCAGCAACAACCAACGAACGUGCAUACUUAUUGCCUAUAACAUAUUAAUUACGUUAUUCUAAUUGCUUACUCAGUGUGAAUCUUUAUCUACUACUACAACUACUACUACUACUACUACUGCUACUGCUACUAAUCAAUUAUAGACCGGACAGACCAAAAUUCUACACACACCACGCAUAUAUACACAUAGCUACAUAUAUACGUGUAGUACAUACUUAUAUACAGGGCGCAUGGGCUGGCAGGCAGGAGUGAGUGCAACACACAGCAAGUGCAGCAAUCGAUCGGCAAUUUGUAUAACUUUCGAUUGUAGGUAAAUAUUUAUUUUUAUGGCACUGCUGGUGUUAAGGUUGCUGCUGCUUUGCAAUUGAAUUAGAGACAAUUAUUUCAAAAUCGUAUAUACAUUGAAAGUUUCAAAUAAAGAAAAUUCCGAUUUCAAA